CACCCUUCAGUUGGGAAACACAAUCCUGUUAGCAAUAUACAAACAGUAGCACAUUCUGUAGUAAUAAGCAGUUUGUUUGUUUUAAUCUUGCAGCAUCCAUUGUAUUUAUUAUCUGGACUACCAUGAAGUUCAGGCUGGUGGACUGUCAGUCGGAUUGGCAGGAGCUAUGGGUGGAUGAUGCUAUCUGGCGCUUACUGUUCUCAAUGAUCCUUUUUGUCAUAAUGAUUCUGUGGAGACCUUCUGCUAACAACCAAAGGUUUGCUUUCUCACCACUGUCUGAAGAGGAGGAGGAUGAUGAGCAGAAGGAGCCAAUGUUAAAGGAAAGCUUUGAGGGAAUGAAAAUGAGAAGUACAAAGCAAGAACCAAAUGGGAAUGUAAAAGCAAACAAAGCUCAGGAGGAUGACCUAAAGUGGGUAGAAGAGAAUGUUCCUUCUUCUGUGACUGAUGUUGCUCUUCCAGCUCUUCUGGAUUCAGAUGAGGAAAGAAUGAUUACACACUUUGAAAGGUCCAAAAUGGAAUGAAGGAGGAGGCUUUUGCUAUUGGAAUUGGAGACAUCUCUUUUAAAGUUGCUUGGUGGAGCAAGUACAUCCUGCUGAUUCGUUUCUUGAUCUCAGUCUUGGAAGUUUGACACUUUAUUGUCACGAGGGCGUCUUGCUGUGAAAGAACUUCACAAGGACACUGAUAAAUCUUUUGGAAAUUUUCAAAUUGCAAAGUUGCUGCAAGUUUGGAUUUUUAAGCAAUUUAAAUGUGUACUAUUCCAGCACCUUCUGUAACUUUUUUCAAAUAUUUAAUCUGUGAAACUAAAAUUCCUAAUGUCUGCUUGAGGAGUUUAUAUUUUAAUGUUACAAUUGACACUUAGAGGUGAAUUGCCUUUACCUUUUUUGGUGGAGGGUGGGAACAACAGGAAAUAAGCACUGAAGAAACAACAGACCCAUUUUCUGGUAGAUAAGGGCUUAUACUGUCAUGUUGUGUCCAACAUUAAUGAAAGGUUUUAGAGAGAAGCUCCCAUUAAUGAAGAAAAUUAAGAUAUCAGAAAGGAGAUAUUUGGAAAAGUUACAGUGAUAAGAGUUUUAAAUCAAGUGCAAUUUUAUUCAUAACACUGUGUAAGAAAGAUUUUCUAUUUUAAAUGCCAUUGGCCUAUAGGUAACAGUUGCGUAGAGCUAACGCUUGUUGUUAGCAUUUUGGCACAUCUCAUUGCCGGCAAUGUGGUGGUUGCCUGGAAAAAACUAUUUGUCCCUUCCUUCCAUGUGUUGCAUGGUUUAAUUCAAAAGGAAACAAAAUACCAAAAAACAACAACAACCAAACUCCAGACACCUUCAGUGUUCCGCAGUUGCUUGACUAUUCACGUUAAGCAGCUAUUUAAGUAAACAUUUCAGAAAAAACUCUCCUCCCUACAAAUCUCCCCCCAAGAAGUCAACACUCUUAUAUGAGAAGAUGGUAUUGCUUCCUAGAGGGUGUAGGCAUUGCUGCACCACAAGGCCUCGAUGGUGUACACAGUGCUGGGAUAUUUUUAUUUCCAGUGUCUGUUUAGAAUUGCCUCGCAUGUAAACAAUUUUAAGAUGGGCUUUCCUGUUCCAGUUGAUUCUUGUAGCCAAGAUCAUAGUGUUUAAGUCAAACUAGAAAAUUUCUAUACAACUGAUGGGGUUUUUUUUUUGUCUGUUUUGCUCCUUUUCAAAUGAAAAAGAGCUUUUUGACAGUUUUCUAUUUAUACUCUGUCCUUGGUUGUGGAGGCUUUGCAUGCAAAACCUUACAUGGGGAAGCCCAAUACAGACUGUAUGACAAAAGCUCUUAAUUUGGAUUCAUACUCUUUACAUCUGAUGAUAACCAGGUAAGUGUCAGCACAGCUAGACUUCUAGGGAGCUGCUAGACAAACCUCUGUGGGUACUGGCUUAGGAAGUUAGCUUUUCUUGUUCUUAGCUCGUAGCUGUGUCAGCAGAAGUGAAUGUGCACCUGUACUUCAUUCAGCUGUGAAGUCUGAUAGCUUAGCUCUUGUUCAUCAUCAUCAGCAACUUAUACUGGCUCAUGGCACUUCACAGUAGAGUAGCUGAGGUGCAAGUGCACCUUCUGUGCACUUGCAUCUUCUGUCAGCUGUGCUGUGAAGGCAGUAAACCCCGAGCAGAUGGGCAGAGAAAAAAGGUGGGGCUAUUACACUUGACUCUGCUUUUGCAAGAUUUGUUGUGACAUACUUCUUCCAGCCCUUAUAGGCCACAGAUAGAUGCUGUAGAGUCUUUAAUUAGAAAACACUUCAACUUCUAAUUUGCUAUGCUUAAUUGAUUAAAAAAUGAAACAAACAUGACCUCCAUGCCCUUUGGGGGAGAAGAAAUUUUGUGAAAUAAAGCUAUAUGGAAAUAUUUAAUGUUUUUUUCCCAAGUCCUAUUGUUUUGGG